UCUGUCCUCUUCCUGUUCGCUUGGACUCCGGACAGUCUGCAGAAAAAUACUCUUUUUCACAAGUUUGCGAGAUUCAUUUGGACUUUUAUUUAUCUAAUACGUAAUAUUAUUCCACUUGGGAACAAAGUACGUUUGUGUUCUAGCAUGAAGUAACUUUACUAGACAUAGAAACAUAGAAAAAAAUGAACGCAUGCUAAUCGAAGCUAGGCUAGCUGUUUACAUUUCUCCUCGGUUUAUAAAAAUCUCACGCUAACAGAUGACACCUGGACUCAUAUUAUAGUCAUUUAAAUUGUGUCCAUUAGUUGUUGAUAGUGUCUGGCGUAGCAGGCUCGUUUCUGUACACUUUAUGGUCCUGUCACAGUCGUCCUAAAAGGAGAGACCAUGAAUAUCCUCCCCAAAAAGAGCUGGCAUGUCCGAAACAAGGACAACGUGGCCCGGGUCCGGAGGGACGAGGCUCAAGCGGCCGAAGAGGAGCGGGAGGCCAAACGCAGAGUGGAGCGGGCAGAGCAAGAGGCUCGUACAGAGUAUUUGAGGAGGAAAGCUCGGAGUGCCCUUGAGGCUGCAGGGGUCAGCAAGAGUGAUGAAGUGGAGGAGAGCGGAGUGAGCAAAGUGUCUGACCAUCUGAACCUGUUUCCUCUGGAGGAGUCCUCAGAAAAGAAGGGCAAUGAGGAAUACCUCAAGGAGAAAAAGGAGGAGAAGGAAAAGCAGGAGCGCGCCAUCGGCUUACUGGUUUCGUUGGGGCCACAGCCUGGAGAGGAGAUAACACCUUGGUACAUGAAAACCGGCUCAGAAAAGCCAGAGAGCAAAGAAGGUGACAAAAAGAAAACCCUGACAGAGGAGGAGAGAGAGAAGAGACAGCGCCGCCUAAAGGACAGUUUAGACCCUCUGAAUGAUAUAAGGAAAGGUCUGGGAACCAAAGACAGAAAAGAACAUAAGAGCAAGAAGAAUAAACAUGACCGCGGGGAGAAGAGGAGUCAUGGAGAGAGCUCCAUAGAGAGACUGCGAGCGGAGCGUCUGCAGAGGGAGGCAGAGGAGCGGAAGAGGGCUCAGGCUCUAAUCGACCAGAGGAACGGAAAAGGAAAAGACAGUGACGCCUCAAGGAACCUGAACGACAGGGACCGACCGUACAACAGCGCGUACUUCCCCGAACUCGCAAGAAAACGACAGAGGAGAGACAGAGACAGCUGGAGGGACGAAAUAUUAAAAUCAUGAACUGUGUGUUGGUUGUUGUGUUAUUUAAAGUUUUUAAAGGUGUACUUGGUAACCUUUGUGAUGGACAGUCUGACGCUGCCAGUUACCACGGAGAUUCUGUUGCUUUGCCUGGAAUUUCCCACAGUAUGACUUUAAAGUUACAUAUGUGCAUGGAGACAAACAGUUGAAACCACCAUACCAAGUUACAGGUCAGGUCUUGGGAGAGAAGAGCAUACUCACAGUAGGAAUGUAUUUUUUACGGUAUUUUUGAGCAAUAGAAACGCCUGUAAUUAAAUAAAUGCAAGAUGUUUCAUUUCAAUA